ACACGAAAAAAGCAGCCCUUUUUUUUUAUGAAAUUUAAUUUGUUUUGUUUAAGAAAAUUGUCUAUACGCAGAUGCAACAAGGCGAUCUGAGAAAGAUGGAAGCUUUUUACUGAAAGAUCAAAGCUUGAGGAGAAGGAAAUAAUUUGAAGACUAAGGGAAAAGGCUCUGAGGUUUAUGAAUGGCAUUUCUAGGUUUCAAAGAAGAACAACUGUAGUUUGAUCACUUUGAUUUUGCUUUCUGUCUUUUGAGAUUAUGGAGAAAUCGUCAUCUGAUGAUCUUGUCGAAGAGAGAGAAGAGUUCAUGGUUCUUCAAUCUGAGAAAAACCCUAUUCUGAGAAAAGCCUAUUUCCUAAAACCCUUUGUUACCGCCAUUGAUGACCCUGCUCCUGAGCUGCCAUGUGAAGCUAUCUCUCCACCGUUAGACGUAAAGCUUUUGCCUUUUAGGGUCUCUUUCGCGGGAUGGAAGUUAGCGAACGAGGAAUUCAUGUUGUGGGUUGAAAAAAUGGCUGCUCUGCAUAAACCCACUUGGGAAAAAGCUGGAAUUUUUUGCGCAAUCAUGGCUUCAACCUAUAGAAUCCAUAGAAACAGAGAUCUGAUUCUCGCUGUUGCUGAGAAAUGGUGUCCUGAAACCAAGACAUUCAUUUUCUCCUUUGGUGAAGCAACUGUAACACUUGAAGAUGUGAUGAUCCUUCUAGGUUUCUCUGUUUUGGGUUCUCCUGUUUUCGCUCCUCUCGAGAGCUCAGAAAAGAGAGAGACAAAGAAGAAGCUUGACAAGGUCUGGUUGGAGAUCACCAAAGGUAGAGGGCAUGUGAAUCAGGUGUCUUGGCUAUCAAGAUUCAUGAACAAUAGUGAUGAGAUUGAGCUUGAGCAUGAAGCUUUUCUUGUCUCGUGGCUUUCCAACUUCGUUUUCCCAUCUCGUCAUUGUAAAUUUACCAAAGACGUUAUCCCAAUUGCGAUUCAUCUUGCCAGAGGUACCAGGAUUGCUCUUGCUCCUGCUGUUCUUGCAGGCCUGUACCAAGAUUUGGAUUCGUUAAAGAAUCAUAUUCGUUCUUUGUCUAAAUCGAAACUCGUCCUGUCCUCAUUGUUUAGCCUAGUUCAGGUUUGGUCAUGGGAGAGGUUCAGCAAACUGAGGCCUAAACCCAGGAAGUUGAGAAAGGGUGAGCCUAGAUUGGCUCGGUGGCACCAUCUGAAACACAAAUCGGUGAAUGUGAAGCAGCGUCUGGCUAACUCGGGGACUGAAAGUUUCGAUUGGCGGCCAUACACUAAGAGAGUGAAAAACUGGAACUUUCCACGGUUUUAUGCAGAAGAAGGGACGUGGGUUCAGAUCAAUCCCAAUCUUGAUGAUGAAUUUGUAUCGUUUGCUCAGUGUUUGAGAGUGUCUCAGCUUUUCGGGAUAAAUUGUGUAGAGAAUUACCAUCCAAAUAGGGUGGCUUUGCAGUUUGGGAUUGAUCAAGAUCUUCCUGGUCACGCUAAUCAGAGCGAGUCGGUGCAAUGGGCAUCAUGUGAUUACUACAACAGGCCUAUGAAUGGUUUGAAGUUAUACAUUCCUUCACGCCAUUCCACACCUCUUGUUACUGCAAGAUACUUAGAGUGGUUUAAGAAAUCGCCAGAAUGUCACGGUUCUUCAGCGACAUGGACAGAAUUAUCCGAAACUUUUAUAGCAUGUAACACAGGUGACCAUGAAUCUGCCAAAGAACUGCCUCUAAGUUUUGUGUUUCAGAAGGAGUUGGAAAACCGUGGUUUUGUUCCUCCAGGCUUUGUCUCAAAAGGCAAACGGAGUAAGAAACACAAGUUCAGAAAGAAUAGAAUUGCAGCUGCUGAAAUUUUGAGAUCCAAUAGAAACAAGGACGAGUCUUUGAGCAUGGACACAGCUGAUGGGGUGGAACCAAGUUCUAGUGGUUACUGUCAGAAUCGGGUUUUGUCAGAGAGCGCAGAAGACGACAUUGACAACCCUACCAUCGCCCAAAUAAUCAAAUAUUGCAGGAAGCCUUGUGAUGUUGAAGAAAGAGGAGGACAUGCAGAUGAACCAGUUGCCAAAAGGACGAAGCACAUGGAGGAGAACUACUCUUUCGACCCUCCUCAAAAGGCGAUAUCAGUGGACAAUGAACCGCCUGAAAUGAGGCAAAAAGGCGAGGAACAUGAUGAAGCUGUAGGUAAAGAAAAGAAGAUAAUGAUGGAGAACCCAUCUGAUGAAUCAAAGAUGGAGAGCAAUGAAGGAAAUGGUGCUGAGGGAAAUGGGUUUGGAACCAGAGAAACAAAGAAAUGCAGUGAACAGAUUGAUAAUCUGACAAAUUCUAAUGAGCUGUUGGAUAAUGGUGUCGAGAGAGAAGAUGAUUUUGGUGAUGGAAUGGUAGUUAGUAUUGCCACAGAACAUGCGGAUAUCGAUGGAUGUUACGGACCGAAUAAGCAUUCGGUAGAGGUGCCAGGACUGGAGCUCGAGAUGCAAGUGUUGGAGCUGAAGAAGAAUUUGGCGGAGAUACGAGAAUGGAUAACCAGAAAACAGAGCAGAGGAGGAGUUUCUGCUCGGUUUUAACUUGUUUUGUCAAAUCAAAGAAGGAAGUGUCUUGCAUAUUUCCAUGUAUAUACGCUUUCUAGAACUCGGUUAGGCAUAAAUCACAAUCUCCCAGUAGAAUCAUUCCAA